GUGACAGGCCUGGCCGGAAGGCCUAGUCUCCCCUCGAAGCGGGGCUCGCGUGCCCACCUCCUUCCCUCAGGAGCUCCGUCUUGAGGCGCGGGGCUCGGCUUGGGGCCCAGCGGAGGAAGGCAAGGGGCCUUGGGCUUUCUUGUAAAGGGUACCGCGGCCUGCCUGCUUUCCCUCCUCCCCUUCUCCGGCCAUGGCCUUGGCGGAGCCGCUCGAGGCGGAGGAGGCGGCCUUGCGAGCCCAUUCCUUCGACGACCUUGCUGUGGAUUCAAACGACCGUUCUCCUGAUGAAGGAUUAGAAGACGAUUUCAGUGUUGUGAAUAAAAAAGCUGUGGAGCAACUAACCGAAGGACUGAUUUCUCAUUAUGUACCCGAUCUCCAGCGGUCAAAACUAGCUUUAAAAGAGCUAACACAGAACCAAGAAGUACUCCUAGAGACUCUUCAGCAAGAAAUCUCAAAAUUUAAAGAAUGUAAUUCUGUUCUUGAUAUCAAUGUACUGUUUUCAGAAGCAAAGCAUUAUCAUAAUAAGUUGGUCAACAUUAGAAAAGAAAUGAUGAUGCUCCAUGAGAAAACGUCGAAGUUGAAAAAAAGAGCUCUCAAACUUCAGCAAAAGAGGCAGAAAGAAGAACUAGAGCGGGAGCAGCAACGGGAGAAAGAGCUCGAACGAGAGAAACAGUUAACUGCCAAACCAGCCAAAAGAACAUCAAAGCUGGACAUGUAGUGACUUGUGGAGCUGCUAAGGACAUUCUCUGGACUGGCUGGAAAAGCAGAGUUAUACCUCAUAACCAGAUAUAUAUUUUUUCUUGCCGAGAAGCCAAUUCGUACAAUAUGAAUAGUUUCUGAUUGCUGUUGCCAUAUAUGGGAAGGUGGCUGGGAUCUUGAGGUUUCAAUAAUGCCUUUUUGGUUAAUGCUGUGUCACAUAAUAUUGUCAUGUCAGAUGUUUUGCACAACUGGAGUAAAACAUUAAUGUCUGACUUUUGCAGUAUCUUAAAACGGUCUGAAGUUGGCAUAUACAGAUCCAAAUUGAAUUAUUUUCCUUUGUUUACUGGACUCUUCUUUUUCUUAAGCCUGCUUCUCCUUUCUUGAUGGUAAUCGUGUAUAGAAGGAUAUUAUUAACACUCUGAACAGAUCGAAAGCAAGUGGAGGCUUUGAGCCUCACAUUUUCAGUGGCUUGUUUCGUUUAGUUAAACCUUUGUCUUAUUUAUGUAAACGCCGUUGUGUACCUCACCGUUCAAAGCGGCAAGUUGGUGAAAAUUAUUCUCAAUUUAAAAUGUGAGCACUUUUAUGGAUGACCGGAGAUAAAGGCAGUCAUUCAUAGGCUUCCAAAGAGAAUAAACGUGAUGGCGUACUUCUUUAACCAGCAAAAUCAAACAAGCCAGAAACAUGUGUUGGCCUUUCUGUAAAAGAAAAGCACAUAAAUCCUAGAGUCCAGAAGAGGUGCGGGGGACUAUAAAACCUACUCUUACCACAUCCAGUUUGUAAUAAAGUGUAAAUGAACUUAGACUGUACAUACUGUCUUUAAAAUAUAUUGGAAAAAUAAAAAAAGGAAAGAUUUUUGCACACCGAA